AGCAACUUAUAAUCAAUCCGCUCAACCUCUACAAACUUUGCGAUUCCUCUGCGACUGCUAGCCAGGGCUCCUCUCUCUCUCUCUCAAGCUUUUGCAAUCAUGGGGCACUCCAACGUCUGGAACUCUCACCCUAAGAGCUACGGCCCUGGAUCCCGCACCUGCCGUGUGUGUGGAAACCCUCACGGGCUGAUCCGCAAGUACGGGAUCAUGUGCUGCAGGCAGUGCUUCCGCAGCAACGCCAAGGAGAUUGGCUUCAUCAAGUACCGUUAAGAGCUUGAUCUUGGAUGGAUGAGCUAGUAUGCCGUAGAAAUGCUUCCGUCAUUUCAGUGUAGUGGUUUUUGAGCUUUGAUGAACUGUUAAGGUGUUUUUAUUUGAUCUACUUUUGAAAUCAAGUCAAUUGUUGAACUAUUGAGUGUUGUGGAAUUAAUGACUUGAAGUUACUUUUAA